AUGACAAAAGCUAUGGUAGAAGCAGUUGAAUGUUAUCUUCGGGAAAUCCCUCAGAGUGAAUGGUCAUGCGUUCACCGCUUACAGUAUUUAAUAAUACAGCCUUUUAUUACGUCCGAGAGCACGGAAUUUGGAGAACCGAGUCUAUCAUUGUCGGUUAAACUGUCCGAUAUAGAUCCAGACUUUACAACUCUGCCAACCGAUAUUGCGCAAAAGCAAGAUACCGAAGCUAAUACAGAGACCGAGGAAACUACACUGAAGCAAGUUGCUGAAGAGCAGACUUGCAAAAUUAGCGUGGUGUCUAGUGGAAUUACACAGGAGCCUGAGAAGAUUGAAACAGCUACUAAUGUUAUCGAAACAACUACUAGUGCAUCCCAGACUGUAGCUGUCAAGAAUCUUGUACAAGAGUUGGACGGCUAUUUAAAGGAUCCCUUGCAAGCGGCAACUGAACAGAUUCAAAAACUUUUAAAAGCAUUAGAUAAAUCGCAUAGCGUUCUUGGGACGGUAACGGAACAAUGUGAUAGAUUGCAAAAACGUCUUGAUGAAUCAGAAGUGGAAAGGAAGGCCAGUGAACGCGAAGCUUCACCAUUGUUGCAGAGGACGAGAACCGAUGAAGGAAAUCAUGAUGGUUCGAAUGCAGAAACGAUUGAAUGUCUCGAUGAAUCGAAAGAGCUCGAAAAAUUAAAAGAGGAAAAUGAACGGCUUAAAUUAGAAUUACAAGCUUGUAAGGAGACCAGACCGUUUUCAAAAACGUACCUUCGAGAAUCGAAAUCUAAACUGGAGGAAAUUCGGAAAGACAGACUAUACAGUAGACUUCAGUUGUCCAAGGUCGACGAAGCUGACUCGAAGAUACUUGCUGAUAUAAUAAAGGAGCUUAUGCUUACGUUAAAGCUCGAAAAGGUCGACCAGCUUGUUCCGACAAUCGACAAUUUGGACAAAACGAUGCGUAUUAUACCUCAACUCCGAGAGUUUAUCAAUAAUGUUGUCUACCUUGCGUCAAGUUAUAAUGGAUAUCGGACUGGUUUAAGCCAUAGUUUUUUCAAUUACAGAUCUCCAGCACUAACGAGAUCUCAUAGUGCAAAUACGACUUUGAGCAAUCUGUUGAACGUGCCGUCUGAGCAGACCCUAAAGGAAACGUUGAAUACUCUUUCACAGUGGAGAGAUGCUGUAAGGGAUAUGGAAACGUUUGCUACGCAGUUAUUGCAGACCUCGCAUACUAAUUGGAAUAAGUACCAUUAG